UCACUCUACUCACUCCCACUCUUGAAACCCUAAACUUUCCCUGCUUCACUCAUUCCUUUCUCCUUUUCCCUGCAUCCGAAAAUGGCCGAAAACAAUGAGCUCACGCCCAAGGUGGCUGAAAACGCUGGCCUCACGCCCGAGGUGGCCGAAAACGCUGGCCUCACGCCCGAGGUGGCCGAAAAAAACAUUAGCCCCGCUAACGGGGUGGACAGAAUGAAGGCCAUGGCCGGAAACAAUGACUUCAUGACCGGAUUACUUGACCUCCUCAAAACCGGCAACAACGACUUCAUGAAGAUCGUCACCAGCCAGCCAAGCUCCUACACAGAACAAGUAAAUGUCAAGUAUUGCCUGAGCCUCCUCGAGCAAAUCCUCAACCAAGCCAUGGACUUUGCCAAUGAUGUUGCUGACAACACUCGGGCAAAGGGUAACCAAGGCCAGAGCAUAAGCUUGACCUCGCCUUCCAUGGGAACUUCUGUUCAUUUGUCAAAAUUCAUUAACAAACUAUACGGUCAGAUUAUGGCCCUGCAAACCAACGAUGUGCGGCAAACAAUGAAAUCGCUUUUCGACGAGUUGUCAUCCUUUUCAUGGGAUGCCAAGGCUGUGCUGACAUUAUUAGCUUUAUCCAUACACUAUGUCGAGAACUGGCGUCGCGCUCAAAUUCAUGCAUCAGACAACCUUUUAUGCUCAAUGGCCAGGUUGAGAGGCUUAACAACUUGCACGUCCUCCGUCACACGGCAGACCAAGGUUUUUGUUAAUCUGAUCAAGGAGAUUUUGAAUUUCACCAAGUGCAUUGUUGAGUUUGCGAGCAACUCUAAAGACUUUGGAGAAAUGUCAGCAUCGAUUGACAUAAAAGCCAAUUUUGGUUACAUCAUAGUCAGUGUACUUGGCUGCUCCGUUGUGUUCAGGAGCAUGAUUAGCGAGGGCAAUGAGUUCCUAGAGCAACAUCUGUCGGCCUUAUUGGAGCAGGUCAAGAAAAUAUCUGAAUCCUUCAAGAAACAAGUGCAAGAUUUUGAGCAAAACGAGGAGGAACAUUUAUAUGAGAAAAUUGAGGAAGUUUCCAAUUCUUGUACUGAUGUUGUGGAGCUUAUGGCCGCACUGUUUUGCACCAAGAACGAUACGUUGACAGUUUAUCAUUGUUCCGAGAGGACAACGGUAAAGGUGGAGGAAUUGAAGAACAAGAGCGUGAUGCUGCUUAUUUCGGACUUGAACUUGUCGAACGACGAUCUAGCCACCCUUACCGGCAUCUACAAUGUGAGCACCUUUGAUAAUUACGAAAUUAUGUGGGUUCCUAUCAUGGAGGCACAUAAUGAGUCGAUGCAGAAGCAGUUCCUGGACAUGAGAUCUCGGAUGCAGUGGUACACAUGCACCUCCAAGGUCAGCAAGACGGCAGCAAAGUUCAUCCAGGAGAAGUGGCAAUUUAGGCAGCAGACAAAGGUUGUCGUGCUGAACGAAAAGGGGAAGGUGGUGAACAAGGACGCGAUCUCGAUGAUACGCCUUUGGGGAUGGAAAGCCUUCCCGUUCACGGAGUCAAAGGGCAACGAACUCUGGAACAUGCAAGUAAUCAACUGGUUCGAGCUCGUGGUGAACAAAACGAUCUACCCUCAUAUCCAACAAUGCUUUGAAAUGAAGGAGCUCCUAUUCUUGUACGACUCCGCUGAAGACUCUAGGACUGUCCGUGAGGUUGAAGAAUACCUGGAGAAGAUCAACGGCUAUUCAGUCUCCUACAUAGCCAUCAGAAUCAGCACCAAGAGAGAGCAAUUCCUGACCCGCCUCGAGAACUGCAUUUCCUCAAAGAUGCAGGCGACUCCGGACAACUAUGAUUCUCUGACGCAGGAGCUGCUCGAGCUCUACACCAACUACAAGAACCAAGGCGGGUUUGCCAUCGUCGCGAGAGGGUCGAGUGUGGUCGUGAACACUCGUCUCACGGAUUUCGCGACAGUGCUGUCGCAGCACCAGACGUGGAUCAUGAGGGUGAAUCAGACACAGGCUUUCGAGGCUGUCUUCCAAGAGCACUACAAGCAGGUCAUUGUGAAGCCGCGCUGCCACCGUCUCUAUGUCCCCAACAUGGUCGGCAACGUACCGGAGCGCAUCAAGUGCACCGUGUGCUCUCAGUACAUGAAGACCGCUGUCACCUUCGAGUGCUGCCACAGUCUGCAUUGACUAGCCAACGACGCCAUCGAGUCCAACACCUUCGGUCGGGGCUCUAGAAUAAACACGGACUGUUUAGCUCGGUCGCGUUUCUACGUCAUUUCUUUCCCUGUUGGUUUGAUGUUGCUUUCGAUUUUGUGUGGUUGGAGUAUGUAACAUGCUUGUAGGUGUACUAUGCAGAGUUUGAUGUACUCUGCAAUGUCUGCAUGCAGACACCGUGUGCUAUGAAUAAAAGCUUUUAUGAUUUUAAUA